CAGAUAUUUUCCAAAAUGGCUUGGAGGCAACUGAUGAAGAUUGAACGCGAAGUACUCGUUGAAUUUGAAGACAAGAAGACAUCGAUCGUGCCAUCUAAGCUCAUAAAAGAUGUUCGGCCAGGUUUGGAAGCUGGAGAGAUGGUUGAGGUUAUGUGGGAGGGACAUUAUCUCCCAUGUAAGAUCAUACGACUCUCGGACGAUCAUUCCGACUUGCUUUUUUUGGAAAGAGCACUGUCCAUGGCAGCCGCGAGAGAAUCACGCGAUAAGGUCGUGGAUCCUUCCCCUUCAGUAACUGCGCCGAAAGGAACGGAAAACGCUGGCCCAAGCAACAAAAUCGACACCCAACCCAAACGAAGCAAAACGUAUAACGUUAAUAGUAGCGACUUCAAAGGCAGCAGUAAAGCAUUCAGCAAAAUCCUCAAAAUCGACAACAAAGUCGCCAAUUGUACCAAAGGCGCUGUUUCAGCCAACUGUUUUGACACCAAAGUCUGCUGUCAAGCUCGUGAAGGGGAGGAUAUGGACAUCACUAGCCCAAUUCUGAUUCCAUACGCUGAGGAGAGGACCCAACUGAGACCAACAGCAGGACCUGUAUGCAGGUGCGUUGACAGUGACGUCUUCAGAAAGAUGGCAGAACAGGUAAGCGACUUGUGGCAGGCCAAAUUUGGAUCUGCAUCCAAAGGCCUGUCACCGGUCGUUACCAGUUCACCAAACGCGACAUCCACAACUACGCCCCUUUUACUAGCUGUUCCGAGAUCACCCACACCACCGCCGACCAGGGCCCCAUCAAUGCACAGGACACCACCACCACGCUCACCUUCGAACACGAACCCGCCUGAUCUUACUCCGCAAAGGGUGAUGGUGUUAAAGGCGGGUUCGUGCUCUGAGCCAAACUUUGCUUUGUCCCUUGUAAGGCUGCUUUUUUCCGAGAAGGAGAUGGGGGAGUCGAAUUGUCGGUGUGUACGGGGGAAAAAGCAACUCGACCCCACCCGAAUAGCAAAUGUAAAGAGAUUGACGGCAAAGUCAUCUUCUCGAUCUCCUACACAGUUCGAUGCAUUCUGGCAGAAGGAGUGCAGAGUCGCCAUUGACGAAGGGUGUAGGAGGUUGAGGAGAUGUGACAGGCCGGAAGUUGCUGUCAAUUAAAAUACAGUGCCUUAAAGGGAAUAUAUACUUUUGGUAAAUAAGUAAAUAUUCCAACUGAAAAUAUAAAAUGGGAAUAGUCUCCCUCUUUAA